CUAACUUUGCAACACAAAAUACAGAAGACCAAACGAUAGGCAAAAAAAAAGAUCACGUUUAUCAAGAGAAGAUGAAACAAACAAAUUGUUUAAAUGUUAGCAGGCUCAAAAAAUCUUCAAUACAAGGUAUAUAUAACAAUGAUAAUAACACUGAAGUGAAAAAUAAUAUAAACAUAUCGUACACUGCAUCAAAUGGAAGUGAAAAAAACUGUAAGUUAGUUAAUAAAGGCAAUUCUGACAACAUGAAUAUAAUCAAUACAUUUAAUAACAAGAACAAUAAUAUCAUUACAAGUGCUUGUGUUAAUAAUGCCGAUAAUAAUCGUUAUGUUAAUAAUUAUGAUUUUUUACCUACUUACAACAAUAGAAACAUAUGUAUUAAUAGCAACAGAACAUGUGAUAGCAACAGAACAAGUGAUAGCAACAAAAUAAGUGAUAGCAACAACAUACGUAAUAACAACAACAUAUGUAAUAACAACAACAUACGUAAUAACAAUGCACUAAUUAAUAAUUAUCCCCUUACGAAUAAUAAUAAAAUUGUCAAUAUUCCGAUGACAGUAAAUGAUCCAAACAAUAAUUUUGUUUUCUCAAAUGCACAAACAAAUGCACCUAACUACGCAUAUGUAAACGAUAAACCGAAAUUGAAUAUUCUGGAUAACUCCUCAAACGUGUAUACUAGCCCUAAUGAUAUAAUGAAACAACAACAUAAUGAUAAUAACAGAACGAUAUAUUUUAACGAUUUCAAAACAACAAAAAAUACAAAAGUUAGUAGUUUACCAAAUAUAAUGAUUGACCCUAGUCAGGUAACUGUUGAACAGACAAAUAGUAACAACAAUAAUCGUAACAACAAUAAUAGUAACAACAAUAAUAGUAACAACAAUAAUAGUAACAACAAUAAUAGUAACAACAAUAAUAGUAAUGGAAAUAAUAAUAUAUUAUACUUAAGCGCAGAUAAUAAGAAUGUGUUACAGAUACCGUUUCCAACUGGAAAUGUAUCAGCCGAAAAUGUAUCAACUAGAAAUGUGUCAGCCACAAAUGUAUCAACUGGAAAUGUAUCAGCCGCAAAUGUAUCAACUGAAAAUGUAUCAUAUGGUUUUGCCUCAUCUGAUACUGCACUGGCAGGAUCCAUAGCAAAUGAUAAACUUUCUUACAACAAUAUUUCAAACAUAAAAACAGUUAGGUCGGAACCAAUUAUUAACAGCUAUAUGUAUAAUCAUAAAUUAUAUUCUAGUAAUAACGACAAUGUGGGAAAUUUUAGUACUCCUAUGAAUAUGAAUACUAAUCCUGUUGCUAGUCCUGUUUAUAAUUCUAGUGCUAAUCCUGUUUAUAAUUCCAGUGCUAAUCCUGUUGCUAAUCCUGUUUAUAAUUCCAGUGCUAAUCCUGUUGCUAAUCCUGUUGCUAGUCCUGUUUAUAAUUCUAGUGCUAAUCCUGUUUAUAAUUCUAGUGCUAAUCCUGUUUAUAAUUCUA